AUGGUAUCGUGGUUUGAUUUGAUUCCUCUCGCUUCUUUGUUUGAUUUUGCUCCUCUUGUUGUUGAUUUGAUUCCUCUCGCUUCUUUGUUUGAUUUUCCUUCUAUUGCGUGGAUAGCUAUCAAUGAAGCUGCAAAAGAUUGGGGCUUGCAAUGUCUUSGUUGUGAAACAAGGGAUAUAUCUCCUCCAUGUGGUGUAAAAGAAGGUAUGGGGAUGCAAGCAGAAGCUGAGCAGAAAAAGAGAGCCCAAAUUCUGGAGUCGGAAGAAGAAAGACAACCAAGUGUUAACAUUGCCGAUGGAAAGAAGAGUUCCAAGAUGUUGGAAGUUCAGGGAGAAGCAGAGGCUAUUUUGGCUWGAUCUCAAGCAACAAAUAAAGGAGUUGYUUUGGUUUCUCAAGCUCUUCAAGAAAAUGGAGGAGUUGAGGGUCGCUUUGAUAUUCUUUCUUUGUCUGGAGCAUUUAYGCCGAAUGAGAAUGGUGGAGCAAAAGGUUGCUCUGGUGGGAUGAGUGUUUAUUUGGCAGGCCCUGAUGGACGUGUUUUGGGUGGAGGACUUGCCGGUAUGCUUGUAGUUGCUGGUCCUGUUCAGGUGAUACUUGGAAGCUUUCUUCCCAGCCACCAACAGGAGCACCAGAAACCACCCAAGAAAUCAAUAUUGGAACCUAUACAAGCUAUCUUGCCGUCGCCUAUCGCCGCCACUUCUGUGUUCAAACAAGCAACCGAGAGAAGGUAUGGCGAUGAACCGAAUAUAAGCUUUACCAUCCCAAACCCGACACAUAUAGCACGGAGUUUAGACCCUGAAAACAACGGAUCUUUGCGUGCAUCUGAACCUAAGGUGCUCAACGCGUCACAGUUCAAGGUUUCUUGCUGA